AUGCAUCUUAUUUAUAUAUGGAUACCAACUGGCUCUAUAUGGCCUAACAAUGCUAUGGGAUGUUUCUUAGGAUCUUUUAAUAUGCGUGUAGAUCCUUCUAAGUAUUUUGUAGUGUUUUCAGAUUGGGAAAUAAAAAUACAUUAUGAAACAGUGAGACUUAGUAAAAUAUCCAGAUAUAAACAGAACCCAUCUGGAAAGAUAUACAGUGUGACUGCACUAAAUUGUAUUUAUUGCUGCUGGGGUGUGGUGAUUAGGUUAUUUUUCAUCCCUUUUAUUUUUCAUUCCUCUGUCAAACCAUGCUUUGUCAACCCACAUAAAUAA